CAACCAAUCGUCGUAUUCUCUGGGCGGCUGCGCCUCCGCUAGUCUGUUUUCCAGCUGCUGUGAAGGGCACUCACUCACCGAGCUCAAGGAGUCCAGCUUGGCAAGUUUUUAGGUAAGAACCGGAAUAAUGGCAGGACACGACGCAGGAUCUCAGCACCAGUUCACUGGUUUCCAGAAAUAUUUCAAUGCCUACACCAUAACGGGCAGGAGGAACUGUGUACUUGCGACAUACGCAGGCAUUGCUGCCAUUGUCCUGUUUUUUAAACUGAAGCCCAAGAAACAGACCCCAGCAAUUACUGCAAAAUAAUGAAUGGUUCCAGUUAUGCAGAGUGAGUCACAUUUGUCAUCAUCAACACUGUAGCUGAAUUCUUAAGUGAUCAAUGUUGAAAAAAUAAAGAACAUGAAAUUCAAA